AUGACUAAUACCAAUGGAACUCUAUUCCAAGUUCCGAUGCUCACUAAAGAAAAUUAUGGAAGUUGGUGCAUCCGAAUGAAGGCUUUGCUUGGAGCCUAUGAUGUAUGGGAAAUUGUGGAGAGGGGCGUUGAUGAAGAAGAUGAUGCCGCUACCACAAAGAAGAAAUACCAAAAGGCACUUACACUCAUCCAUCAAAGUUUGGAUGAAAAGAUGUUCGAGAAGGUUGCAAAUGCAACCAACUCCAAGCAAGCAUGGGAGAUUCUUCAAACUUUCUUUAAAGGUUUGGACAAGGCGAAAAAGGUUCGUCUCCAAACCUUAAGAGGAGAAUUUGAAUCGUUGCAAAUGAAGGAAUCCGAAUCAGUUUCGGAUUAUAUUUCAAGAGUCUUGGCGGUUGUCAAUCAAAUGAAGAGAUAUGGUGAAGAGUUGAAUGAUGAUAGGGUCGUUGCAAAAAUAUUACGAUCCCUAGAUUCAAAAUUUAAUUAUAUUGCUGUUGCCAUUGAAGAGUCCAAGGACUUGGACACCAUGACCAUAGAAGAACUCAUGGAUUCUUUGCAAGCACAUGGAGAAAAGUUGAAGAAACCGAAACAAGAGUCGGUUGAACAAGCUUUGCAAGCAAAACUUUUUUCGAAGGAGAGAGAUGAAAGGCGUGGCUCACAACAAAGAGAUCGUGGGCGUGGAAGAGGUCGUGGUAGAGGAGGAAGAGGUGGUAGUCAACCUCCAACCAAAGAAAAUAGAAGUCAAGGCUCCAACCAAGGAAGAGGCCGCGGAAGAGGUAGAGGAUGGAGGUCAAAUCAAGGAAGAUUCAUCUUGGCUUUGGCAUAUGAGAUUUGGCCAUUUGAAUUUUGA